AAUGUUCCAUGGUUCCAUCUUCCCAAGCUUUCCUUAUAUUUGCCAAAUCUGUCAAUUAGUAUUUGUCGAUGUUGGAUGUGAUUAAUUUUCUAACAUUUCUUUAAGGAUUUCUACAUACAAGUUCAAAAUUUAUUUUUGAGUACUACUUGAGAAAUUAUAUGCAUAUAAUUGAAAAUAUCAAUGUCUAAACAUCGUACAGGAAAUAAAAGUGGAAAGUACAGAACUCAGAAAUCACAAAUAUUUCAAAGUUCAAAAAAUGGUAUAAUCAGAAAAAGCGUAAAAAAUAGGCAAGCAUCCGCUAAAGGAAGAAUGCGGAACAGUAGGAAACUCCAAGAUGCUCGACAAAAAAUUCUAUUAAAGAAGAAAAAGACUGUCACUGAUGCUAGGGAUAUAUUAACAAAAAUGGCUAAAUCUCAAGAUGCUCGCACAAAAAUCAAUAAGAUACGUGAUGAUAGAAGUGGUCCAUCAACAAGUGAAAAUGUUAAAGUAAUUGGAAAGAAUAUACUGAAGAAAACUGAUCGAAAUGGAAAAAUCAGUUUAGUUACCAACAAAGCUCGACAGAAAUUAGAUAUCAAUUUUGCUAUUCAAAAGCAACUUGGUUUACUUCCUAACAACAGGUCACCUCCUAAGAGACCUGUUCCCAAAAGAAAUGCAGCAGUAAAUACUGUAAGGUCACCUAGCAGUAUCCGUAAGUCUGUUAUAAAUGACACUGUGGAUUCUUUAAGGGAAUAUGAUCCGAGUUUAUACAGAUGGACAAGACCAGAGUCAAGAAAUCGUGCUGCUAUUGAAUUGAAUAAUUCACUAGAAGCUACAAGACAAGUUAUGAGAGAAGCUCUAAGAGAAGAGUUAAGUAAUGGAUGGCCCACUUUUGCAUCACACAACUCAUAUCAAAAAAUGUCUGGAAUAUAUGCUAAAGGUCCUCUUCGCUCUACUCAUGCACCUAUAAGAUCUACUUCUCGUCUACAAACAGGUACAUAUAUAGAUCUGGCCAAUGUAGAAGAUGAAGAAAUGCCUUUGGCACCACUGCCCCCUGCAAGGCCUAUCACUGUGUCACUACAAGGAACUUCUCGUGUCACUAAUGUUCAUUCACGAUUGGAUGAUUCUGUACCUCCUGAAUCCCAUGGCAUUUUUUCCACAGCUAAAACUAAAGUUGUUGUACCUGCUGGUCAUAGAAUCGUCGUAUCUAACUUACAGCCUACAGUUACACAAGAUGACAUUAAAGAACUUUUUGAAGAUAUAGGCCAACUAUUGACAGCAAAAUUAGUUAGACCCGGUGUGGCUGAAGUUAUAUAUAAAAAUUUGAAGGAUGCUCAAAAGGCAGUUGAUACUUAUCAUAAUCGACAACUUGAUGGUCAACCGAUGAAAUGUUUAUUAGUAAAUAAAAGGCCUCUCAAUUAUCCUACUGCACCACCUGUGACAAAAAAUGAACUGUUUUUGAAAGAUCGUAUUGGCCUACUAUGAAAACAAAAAAUCCGUAAAACAAAAUUGAUGUAAGUUUGUUGACGUUGUUGUUUUAUUUUUUGUUUUCAGAAGCGUGACAACAAGAAAAGGGGGCGAAGUACCGUCAUCUCCGCCUAAUAAUAAGUUAGUACCAGAUAUUAAUACUAUACAUAAAGUUCUUUUUCAUAAGAAAUAGGAGUAAUUAAGUUAUGUGUUUAUUUUUUUUAAUCGUUGCGGCAUGUCUUUUAGUAUACGCUCGUAAUAUACAAUAUAAUAUUUGUAUAAACUCUUUAUUUACUUAUAUUUUGAGGAUUGAACGUAAAUAAUAAAUUUUUCAAUAAUUAUACCUUUCCGACUUGUUGAAAAUAUUUUAUUGAAUGAGUAUACAAAUGAAAAAAUUAAUUCUAAUAUGCAGUUCAAAUGUUGAACAAAUUUCAUUUUUAUCUAAUCGCUUUAUGUAAUUAGUUAAUAACGAAAUGAAAACAAAGCAUUAAAAAUAUUGAGUUUUGAUAAAAAUGAAGAAUGGUCAAUUGAUAAAGGUGUAAUUUGUAAGAAUUAUGAGUUAUAAAAACAAUAUUAGAAGUAUGUGUUUGAAAUAACGUAAAAAAAAUGAAUACAUGUUAAUGUUUUGAUAGUCGACACUAUGAUCUAUUUCAGGGGUGGCCAAGCUCCUUGAUAGUCCGAGCGUUUUUUCAAAAUUUGAAAUGUUUCGCGAACCGCAAUUAAAAGUUAAACAUAUUUAUUUUACUUCUUUUGAUAAUUUUUUAAAAUUUUAUUUUUAUUUUAAAAUUUUAAUUUUAAAGUAGAAUAAAAUGAUCUACAUAAGUACGUUGUUCCCAAUAUUGAAAUAAUUCGACAAGCAGCCUUUUUUAAUUCAGGAUACUUCGAUUCUAGUACAAAUUUCCAAAAUUCAAUAAUCGACGUCGACUUAUAUUUUAAUUGUAUAGCUUAAUCUUCUUGCAUCUCUACUAAUUGAAGACAUGAGUUGAUAAAGGUGCUAUGUCCACUUUUUAAAGUUUUGAGUAAAUGAGGAAAACGCGUUUCAACUCGGAACUUUUUUACAAAAUUUUCAAUCAAUACAAACUAUCUCAUAAGGUCGCUAUUUGUUUGUACUACUUAGCUUGUUAUUUUAUAAUCAAAUAAACUUUAAUGAUUUAUAGUUAUUUUGAUUUUGAUGGACAUAGCACUUUUAUCAACUAACAUCUAAAGCGAGUUAUACUAUUUAUUUUAGUGGAUAGAGGAACUAUGUGUUGUAAUAUUCGUUUCUUCUAUAAUAUAAAUAAAAGAAAUUUAUACAGGUU